AUGUACCAGAGAGGUCUGCCUCGACAGGACCACGGAAGAAUGACCUCCCACAAACUCCAGGAACACUUGAUGAAUGCGACCUCGAACCGCAACCUCGCCGUCUAUACGUCUAGCAUGAACCUGAUGACUUUCCCUGAGGUGGGCGAUGGCGUAUGCCAUCCGAGGCAUCGCGGACGGGUAUGUCGACAUGACCUGAUUCUGAAAGAGUUCCUGAACAAUCAGACUCUUGGAUAUCUCUUGAAAGUCGACCAAUGGGCUGAUAAUCGAUAG